GCAGAUUUCAAAAAAAGAUGAAAGUCACCGUUUGUUUCGGCAGGACCCGGGUGGUCGUGCCCUGCGGGGACGGGAACAUGAAAGUUUUGAGUCUGAUCGAACAAGCUCUCACCAGGUACAGGAAGGCAAUCGCCAAGGAUCCAAACUACUGGAUACAGGUACAUCGUCUAGAACACAGUGAUGGUGGAAUCCUAGAUAGCGACGACAUUCUCCGUGAUGUGGUUGAUGACAGAGACAGACUUGUGGCUAUAUUUGACGAGCAAGAUCCAAACCAUGGAGGAGAUGGCACCAGUGCCAGCUCUACAGGCACCCAGAGCCCUGAGAUUUUCGGUAGCGAACUGGGCACAACUAAUGCAUCUUACGAAGCAGCAAGUGAAAUUGAAGUCACGCCUUCAGUUCUUCGCACAAAUAUGCCUCUUCACGUACGGCGCAGCAGUGACCCAGCAUUAGUAGGCCUCGCCUUGUCAGUCAGCGAUACCAAUUUUACUUCAGAAGAGCCUUCAAGAAAAAACCCCACAAGAUGGUCCACAACAGCAGGCUUUCUGAAGCAGAAUCCUUCUGGCGGCCCAAGAAGUCACGAGCGGAAGAAAGAUGAAAAUUACAGAAGUCUCCCUCGGGACACCAGUACCUGGUCUUCUAACCAAUUUCAGCGGGAUAAUGCUCGAUCUUCAUUAAGUGCUACUCAUCCCAUGGUAGAUAAAUGGCUGGAGAGACAAGAACAGGAUGAUGAUGGUACAGAAGAAGAGGAGAGCAGAGUAGAACCAGUGGGUCAUGCAGAUGCAGGUUUGGAUAACAUCACCUAUUCGUUAGAUGAUAUGGUGAAGCUCGUUGAAGUUUCCAAUGAUGGCGGACCUUUGGGGAUCCAUGUAGUUCCUUUCAGUGCUCGAAGCGGAAGAACUUUAGGCCUAUUGGUAAAGAGACUGGAGAAAGGUGGUAAAGCGGAACAAGAAAAUCUUUUUCAUGAAAAUGACUGCAUUGUUAAAAUUAACGAUGGGGACCUUCGAAAUAGAAGAUUUGAGCAAGCACAGCAUAUGUUCCGUCAAGCCAUGCGUACACCCAUCAUUUGGUUCCACGUGGUUCCUGCUGCAAGAAAACAACAAUAUAUAAAGCUGUCCCAAAGUGAAAAGAAUGCUUACCAUUCCAGCCGUUUUAGUCCUGAUUCUCAGUAUCAAGACAGUAAGGGUAUUGACCACUCUGGACUUCACACUUUACAAAAAAUACCCCAAGUGAGCAAUCAAGGUGAUGCGUUGGACUCUUACUCACAACUACCUCAUAAUGUGAAUUCAGGAAAACCACCUUUGGGUCUGUCAUCAACACCACAGAAAGUUCAUACGGCUUUGAACUCUGGCUAUAAUACCAAAAGGAUAGGGAAGCGUCUUAAAAUACAGUUAAGGAAAGGUACUGAAGGCCUAGGAUUUAGCAUCACUUCAAGAGAUGUUCCUAUUGGUGGCUCAGCUCCAAUUUAUGUGAAAAAUAUCCUUCCAAGAGGCGCAGCUAUUCAAGAUGGAAGAUUAAAGGCUGGAGACCGACUCAUUGAGGUAAACGGAGUGGAUUUAACAGGAAAAACCCAAGAAGAAGUUGUUUCUCUCCUGAGGAGCACUAAGAUGGGUGGAUCAGUUAGCCUACUAAUUUUUCGUCAAGAAGAAACAUUCCAUCCUAGAGAAUUGAAUACUGAACCAAGCCAGUCACAAAUUCCAAAGGAAACGCAACCAGAAGAAGAGGAUCUUGUUCUUACCGCUGAUGGCACCAGAGAAUUUCUGACUUUUGAGGUUCCACUUAAUGAUUCUGGGUCAGCUGGACUUGGUGUCAGUGUGAAAGGUAACCGGUCAAAAGAGAAUCAUGCAGACCUUGGCAUCUUUGUGAAGUCCAUUAUUAAUGGCGGAGCAGCUUCUAAGGAUGGAAGACUCCGAGUGAAUGAUCAAUUAAUAGCAGUAAAUGGAGAAUCAUUAUUGGGAAAGACGAACCAAGAUGCCAUGGAAACUUUGCGUAGAUCCAUGUCCACAGAGGGAAAUAAACGGGGAAUGAUUCAACUGAUUGUUGCAAGACGAGUAAGCAAAGGCAAUGAGUUGGAAUCACCUGGAAGUCCUCUGGGGCCGGAACUGCCCAUUGAGACAGUAAUGGAUGACCGGGAGCGUAGGAUUUCCCAUUCCCUGUACAGUGGAGUUGAAGGGCUCAAUGAAUCACCCACCAGGAAUGCUGCCUUGAGUAGACUAAUGGGUAAAUACCAGCUUUCUCCAACAGUCAACAUGCCCCCGGAUGAUAUGGUAAUGAUAGAAGAUGAUAGACUACCUGUACUACCUCCAUAUCUUUCAGACCAGUCAUCUUCCAGUUCUCAUGAUGAUGUAGGUUUUGCAACCAUGGAUGCUGGAGCUUGGAGUAAACCAAUAGUGAAUGAAUCAGCCGAAUGCGUAUUAAGUCCAGAUAUGGAUCCAGGAUUGACUUUCCAACGAGAAGGAUUUGGACGCCAGAGCAUGUCAGAAAAGCGUGCUAAGCAGUUUUCAGAUGCCAACCAAUUAGACAUCGUUAAAACACGGAAAUCUAAAAGCAUGGACUUAGUAGCUGACGAGACUAAGCUCAGUACAAUGGAUGGCCAGAGAACAGGUUCUCCAACCAGAGAUGUGGGCCCUUCGUUAGGCCUGAAGAAAUCCAGCUCUUUAGAAAGUUUGCAGACAGCAGUUGCUGAAGUGACAUUGAAUAGUGACAUCCCCUUCCAUCGUCCACGACCACGAAUAAUCCGAGGACGAGGAUGCAAUGAAAGUUUCAGGGCAGCAAUAGAUAAAUCAUAUGAUAAACCUGUUGCUGACGAGGAUGAUGAAGGCAUGGAAACCUUGGAAGAAGACACAGAAGAAAGUUCACGAUCUGGUAGAGAAUCUGUGUCCACAUCUAGUGACCAACCAUCCCAUUCUCUAGAAAGACACAUGAAUGGCAAUCAGGAGAAAGGGGACCGGAAAAAAAUUGGGAAGGACAAGAAAAAAGAUCGAGAUAAAGAGAAGGAUAAAAUCAAAGCCAAGAAAGGAAUGCUCAAAGGUCUUGGGGACAUGUUCAGGUUUGGCAAACAUCGAAAAGAUGACAAGAUUGAGAAAAUAAAAAUGCAGGGAGCUGUUACUUCAGAAGAGGAGAGAAUACGUAUGAAACAAGAACAGGAGAGAAUACAAGCCAAGACCCGAGAGUUUCGUGAAAGACAAGCCCGGGAACGAGAUUAUGUUGAGAUCCAUGAUUUAAACAGGAGUUAUACAUGUGAUUCUGAAUCAAUGUAUGCUGGAAUUCCUUCAUAUUCCUCCAUAAGUAGCAGCACAAUUAGCAGUAGACCACAGAGCCCAGGGGAAGCAUCAUCAAUAGAAGCAUUAUAUGCCCAAGUAAAGAAAGGACGCAAUUCAAAGUCUUCACCUGUAGACAGGUAGG